AUGACAAGCCCGACAUGUACGUCCUCUUCUGCCGCUUCUUCCUCUCAUGGUGUUAACUUAUGUGAGCAUCCUGUUGUGGAUGCAAUGCUUGAAAACCAAGGUGAACCAACAACAUUGAUGGCUAUCAAGCAUGCUUUGGCCCAUUUUGGUAUUGCAGCCUCCUUUGAUCUGGAUUCCAACUUGCCUUCUGCCCUCCAUGAUGGUAAUGGUACCUCUGCUUGCCCUCUUGCUCCACAAGAGGAAAGCUUUCCUUCAGCCACCAUUUUUAUGUUGCCUGAUCUAGGUCCUGAUGAAGUGGAGCCUGUGUGCAUUGGCCCUUUGGAUACCUCAGUUCCUGUAAAGAAGGCUAGGACCAUGGAGCCUGAAAAAGAGGGAGACAAGGUGAAAAAAUUCAAGAUGUAUAUGCGCAAGUUGGAGCCUGUGUCAGAAGUGCAUGUAGAUACCCAUCGUCUGCUGGACUUUACCUUGUUCAGGGAUAUCUACUUGCACUCUGGCAUGCUCAAUGGGCGCCUUCCCACCAUGCGCUAUGAUGACAUCUGGCCUGUGGUGAAGCACAAGCAUCCAUUGUCAAUCCAUACUGCUACAUUCUUUGAUGUUUGCUGCGACUUCGGAGGCCAAGCUUCAUACCAUCAAGGUCUCUGGAAAGCACACUGCAAGGGCAUUUAA